UUUUUGUCUCGCUCUCCGACAGAUGUACAAUCUUCGGGACGUGCUCAGACAAUGGGGAAGAUAAGGACAUUUCUUUUUGGUUUAAUCAUUAUAUCAUGUUUCCUUGUAAGCACUGCACAGCAAACAGGAUGCCUGGAUGAAAAUCCAUCAUAUGACAUUGUAUUCCUUGUGGAUAGUUCUAGCAGCAUCAGUACUCGAGACUUCCGGGAUGUUAAGACGUUCAUGCACACGUUCGUGGAUGGUUUGGAUAUUGACACUAAAAAGGUACAAGUUGGCCUUGCUCGGGUCAGCACCGAUCCCCACAAAGAGUUCCUGAUAGGGGACUAUGCAAACAAAGCGGAGCUGUUUAACAAAAUAGAUAACCUUCCAUACCGAACAGGAGGCACAUACAUGGGAAAAGCCAUGCAUUUUCUUAAGGACAACUAUUUCACGAAUGUGGGUGGAAGCCGUAUCAAUGUAAAAGUGCCUCAGAUUGUUGUGGUGAUCACAGAUGGAGACUCAGCCGAUGAUAUAAAAGUACCUGCUGAAGAUCUGCGACAGAAGGGUAUUAUCAUCUUUGCCAUUGGUGUUGGUCUAACGAAUAUGACUGAGUUAAAGGCUAUCGCCAACAGACCACCUGAGCGUUUUGUGGUUAAUAUUGACAAUUACCAAGCACUGCAAGGACUGACGACCACCAUGAAGGAGACAGUGUGUAUCUUGAUGAGGGAUCAGGGGAAAGCCAUUGCCCCAAGGUUUGCUGAUGUAUUUGUCCUGGUGGAUAGUUUGGCCCAGAGAGAAACACAGCAGAUAAGGGAACUUCUCAACCAACUGGCUGUGCAGCUCAAUGUGGGAGAUGGAUCUCAUAAGAUCGCGCUGGCUCAAUUUGGAGAGAACGUCGUCAAGGCGUUCCUGUUUAAUGACUACAAAGUAACGGAAAAAGCCAGAGGGUACAUAAAUCGGUUCGAGCCCAGGCCCAAUGGAGAGCGAAAAUUAGGACAGGCCAUAGAUUAUGUUCGUACUCACUUUCUUAACACGGCAUCUGGCAGCAGAAUUGCUAAAGGCUACAAGCAGUAUCUGCUGGUACUGAGAAAAGGGAACUCUUCCGACUCCACUCUGAGGGCCAUACGAACAAUGAAGAAUGAGGAUGUGACUGUUAUUGAUAUCAGAUUGGAAGCAAAUUUACGCUACCUGUCACCUACGCUACGCACUUUCCAGGUUGAUCAGAAUAUCAUUGAUGUUGCUGCAGAUAUCACAAAACGAAUUCAGGAAACAGAAGUUUUCAAUGUUACAGGAGAUUGCACAUCAGCCCAAGUGGCGGAUAUUGUGUUUAUUGUGGACGAAUCGGGUAGUAUCACCAGUAGCAACUUUCAACUAGUGAAAAGUUUCCUCCACCGCACAAUUAGUGGCCUCGAGGUGAACUCUGACAGUGUGAGGGUGGGAAUGAUUCUUUACAAUGACAGACCCAGUGCUGAAUUCUACUUGGACAGUUUCGUUAACAAGAGAGAUAUUCUGAACUAUAUUAAAAUCUUACCAUACAGAGGCGGAGGAACUGCAACUGGUGCGGCCCUGAAGCUUGCCAAGGACAAUCUCUUUACUAAGAGGAGGGGCAGCAGGAAAGCUCUCGGUGUUAAGCAGAUAGCUGUCGUCAUCACUGAUGGCAAGUCACAAGAUGAUGUCACCUCCCCAGCUGCUGAGCUGAGGCGCUCAGGAGUCACUGUAUAUGCCCUCGGGGUGAAGAAUGCUAGUGUGGAGGAGCUCCAAAAAAUAGGAUCUUACCCUGAACGGCAGUUUGUGUUCAAUGUGGAUAGUUUUCAGAUGCUUACUUCGCUGGAGAAAAGCCUCAGAAAGAGCCUUUGUAAGGUUGUGGUCGAUAGAGGUUUUGACAAGAACAAUAGAUUCAUCCUAAAACAAGGAUGUGUGAACACAGAGGAAGCCGAUAUUUAUUUCCUGUUGGACCACUCUGGCAGCACUCGUGCCGACUUUGAAGAUGUGAAGAAAUUUAUCCUGGGCUUCCUGCAACUAUUCAACAUUGGACCCAAUCAAGUUCGUGUGGGAGUUGUGAAAGCCGAUCGUGAUCCAACUCUACAGUUCAGUCUGACGGAGCACAAAAACAGAGUCUCCUUAGAAGGGGCUGUGAAGAACAUCAUUCAGCCCUAUGGAGGCACAGAGACAGGCAAAGCACUAACUUAUGUGGCCAGUCUCUUUAGUCAGGCUAAAGCAUCCCGUCCGGCUAGGGUUCAGGAGAUUCUCAUUGUCAUUACUGAUAAGGAAUCCCAAGAUGAGGUGAGUGAACCAGCGGCAGAGCUGAGGAUUCAAGGUGUUUCAGUGUAUGCCAUUGGAUUAAGGGAUGCCAACCAGGAUGAGCUCUUGAGAAUGACGGCUGACGCAACUAAGCAGUUCUAUGUGAGCAACUAUGAUGCUCUGAAUGCCCUCAAGAACGAAAUUAUCACAGAUAUUUGUUCACAAGAGGCCUGCAAGAACAAAGUGGCAGAUAUCAUGUUUUUGAUUGAUGGCUCUUCUAGCAUUUACAGCCUAGACUUUACAUCAAUGAAGACGUUUAUUACCAAAGUUGUAAAUGGUACCGUCAUUGAAAAAGAUAAUGUGCACAUCGGGGUGGUCCAGUUCAGCGAUAAUCCACAGGAGCAGUUUCCACUGAAUAGGUACUACAACCAAGAUGAAGUAGCGAAAGCGAUCAACAGCAUUACACAGAUAACGGGAAACACAUACACUGGAAAAGCGCUCUCAUUCAUUUCAAAGUAUUUUGACAAAUCCAACGGCGGUCGGCCUGAUGUUCCACAGUUCCUUGUAGUUAUCACAGAUGGGGAAGCUCAUGAUGCUGUCGCUGUACCCGCGAAGGCCAUCAGAGACAAGGGUGUGACCAUCUUCUCAAUAGGUGUGGGCAGUGUAAACACCACACAGCUCUGGGAGAUCAGUGGAACUCGAGAUAAAGUGUACGUGGAGAGGGAUUUUGAUGCACUUCAGUCCAUUGACAAAAACCUCCAAUUCAAGCUCUGCAGCACUGAAACAGAUUGUCCGGGCAAGCAGUUGGCUGAUGUGAUCUUCCUGGUGCAGUGCACCAGACGGAUUCGUAUUCAAGACUUUGAAAACAUUAGAAACUUUUUAAUCUCCGUGGUGAACAGCACACAGAUUGGGGACAAUCUAAUUCGCAUUGGCAUUAUUGUUUACUCAGGCACUCCAAAUCAAUUUUCUUUAAACCAGUACAACAACAAACGUCAGGUAGUUGAGGCCAUAGAAACCUUGAAGUCCCCAACUGGAAACGAAAACACGGCUAAGGCUCUUGGAUACUCACUCAAUUACUUCAAAGAAGAGAAUGGUGGGCGCCAGAAACAGGGCAUCCCUCAAAUGCUGUUCGUAAUUACGGAUGGUGAUGCUAAAGACGGAGAAAAUUUACGUGCACGGGCUGAUGAGUUUGCGGCCAAACGUAUAAAUGUGUAUGGAAUUGGAGUGGCUAGAGCUCAAGAGAGCGAGCUGGAGAUCAUUACCAAGAACAAAAACAAAAUCUUCCAUGUUGAUAAUUACGAGGGCCUUAAAGGACUGCAGAAGAACAUCUCCAGUGUGCUUUGCAAUGCAACCAAACCAGAAUGCCAGAUAGAGGUAGCCGACCUGGUGUUUCUGAUUGAUGGAUCUGAAAGCAUCAACGAGGAGUCAUGGAGAACUAUGAUUGCUUUCUUGCUAAAUGUUGUGAACCGGCUCCGUAUUUCUCCAGAUCUUUUCAGAAUUGGUAUAGCCCAGUUCAGCAGCUCAUAUCGGAAGGAGUUCUACUUAAAUGAGCAUAAAGAUGUGGAGGGGGUGAUAUCAGCAAUUCGACAAAUCAAGCAAAUUAAAGAAGGGACAAAAAUUGGCAACGCUCUAGGUAACGUUGUGGAAUUCUUCGAGGAGAGCAAAGGGAGUCGCACAGUGAGUGGCGUACCACAGAAUCUUGUACUUAUUACUGAUGGCGUUUCAUCAGACAGUGUGAACGAAGCAGCCGAAUAUCUCAGACGCCUUCGAAUUAACGUCUUUGUUAUUGGAAUUGGGGAUGUCUCGAUGCCACAGCUCAGUUAUAUUGCCGGGUCACCAGAUAGGAUAUUCAGAGUGCAGAACUUCAACUACCUUAAUUUGACAACAGCAACAUUUGUUGAUGCCCUUUGUGUUCCUCAAUCCUUAGUAGAUCCAAGCUGUACUAUUGACAUUGGCAUCGGAUUUGACAACUCGCUCACCAGUUCAAGUUCUCAGUCAAUCUUUAGAGACCAAAAAAAGCUGCAGUCCUACCUUCUCGAGAUCAUCCGGUACGUUUCAGUUGUGCACAACCUGUGCUGUAUCCGCAACCCAACCCUCAAAACCAAUGUAGGGUUCCGAUUGGUCGAUGGUAAUGGAAAGAUGCUGGAUGAUUUUUCCUUCGACGAGUACGAUGAAGGUGUGGUAAAAAAAGUGAUGGCACUUCAGACUUCACAAUCUCUGAAAUUCAACACCCAGCUUCUACGCUCGUUUGAGGAGAAGUUCAGAGCUUCAAAUUCUUAUGUAAAGGUGCUCAUCAUCUUUACAGAUGGAUUGGAUGAGCCUGUUGAGGACCUUCUGCUUGCCGUCAACAGCCUCAGGACCAGUGGUGUAAAAGCAUUGAUGACUGUGGCGCUAGAAGGAUUUAAAAACUCUGCUGACCUGCAGAGGCUGGAGUUCGGUCAAGGGAUGCACUACAAGCAGCUUCUCUCUAUCGGCAUGCAGAAUGUGGGCAGUGUCAUGCAGAAGCAGAUUGAUACAGUUGCCUCAAGGGAGUGCUGUAAUGUGAUGUGUAAAUGCACAGGUCAUGAGGGAGCACGUGGAAAUUAUGGUCAUCCAGGGAUGAAGGGGUCACCUGGACUGAGGGGACUUCCUGGCUUCCCUGGAGAAGAAGGAGGACCUGGUGAGAGAGGGCUUCCUGGGUUGAAUGGAACUCAAGGACAUCAGGGAUGCAUUGGAAGAAGAGGCAUAAAGGGUGGCAGAGGCUACAGAGGCAAUAAUGGAGAUGAUGGAGAAUAUGGUUUAGAUGGGGUAAAUGGUGAACAGGGUGUAACAGGAGCAUCAGGAAGCCCAGGAGAGCGAGGAGAUCCAGGCAGCCCAGGUCCAAGAGGUAUCAGAGGAAACCCUGGAAACCCAGGACAGCGAGCCCUAAGAGGAGAUCCAGGAAGUCCAGGAUUAGACAACAACUCCCGCGGUCCUAAAGGUGACAUCGGCGGCCCAGGCAUUCAGGGUGAACCAGGUUCAGAUGGUCUUCCUGGUCAAAUUGGUGAUAAUGGCAGACCAGGUCCUAAUGGCAGAAGAGGCUCAGCGGGUCUGCUGGGUCCCAGAGGGCCUUCAGGAACACCAGGACUACAAGGACUCCCUGGAGCCACAGGUCCACUGGGUGCUAUUGGUCCACCUGGUCCAGUUGGGCAGAAAGGUUCUAUUGGUCUACCUGGACCUCAGGGAUCUCCUGGCUCUCCAGGAAGGCCAGGAUCUAAAGGAAGUUCUGGGUCCAGGGGACAGAAGGGCCAGCCAGGUGAUCCUGGAGACAAGGGAGCUUUCGGAUCUCCAGGCCCUAGAGGACUGCCGGGAAAAGAUGGUGCAGAUGGCUAUGGAUUCCCAGGACUCAAUGGACAGAAGGGAGAUUCUGGUUUCCCAGGUUAUCCUGGACUUCAGGGUGAACAGGGUUUUAAAGGAGGAAAUGGAGGUGGUGGUCCUAAAGGCAACAGAGGAAGAGGGGGCAAUGCUGGAAGGCCAGGACCACGUGGAGAUCCUGGCAGCGAGGGCAUGACUGGACACAGGGGCCCAAAAGGACCACGAGGAACCAGACAGAUUUCUGUAAUUUGCUGCAGAGAUAACAUAAAAUGCCCUGCCUACCCCACUGAUCUUGUGAUUGGCUUGGACAUGUCUGAAGAUGUGCUUCCUCAAGGCUUUGAACGCAUGCGUUCUGUAGUCCUUAGACUGCUGGACAAUAUUAACAUUGCAGAGAGCAGCUGUCCAACAGGGACUCGGGUGGCUGUGGUCUCCUACAGCUCCUACACCAGAUUCCUGAUCCGCUUCACCGACUAUCACCGGAAGAAGCAGCUUAUUGAAGCGGUGAAUAACAUCGCCUUGGAACGCACUUCAAAUCGUCGUAACAUAGGCGCUGCCAUGCAGUUCGUGGGCAGGAAUGUCCUGAAGCGUGUGCGAAAGGGUGUCCUGAUGAGGAAGGUAGCGAUCUUCCUCACCGCUGGAGAAUCUCAGGAUUCGACGUCCCUCACCACAGCCAUUCUAGAGUACAAAGCCCUGAACAUUAAGCUUGGGGUCAUCGCACUAAGAAAUGCCCCUAAUAUUAGAAGAGCUUUUGAGGCAGAUGAAACCCAGAGUUUUAUCUUGACUGUGCUGGGUAGAUUGCAAGAACAGAAUACUACUCUCAGUAAGAUCCAGAGUUGUGUUAUUUGCUUUGAUCCCUGCAGACCAGCUAGAGAAUGUGACGGCACCAACCUGCCAUCUGCUCCUCAGGAGGUGGACAUGGACUUGGCGGUGAUUGUGGACGGCUCCCGUAGCAUCCUGUCUGACGAGUACGAGGGUGUGAAGGAGGUGCUCGGCGGUGUGCUUGAUCAGAUUGUCGUGAGCAGUCAACCCAACGGGGCCGACAGACAAGCGAGAGUGGCCAUCUACCAGCAGAGCUCCUCGUACAGUGAAGCCCAGUCCAGUGUCAAAGUGAUUUUCAGCUUCCAACAGUUUCCAGAUCGUAGUUUAAUGAAGCGGAGCAUCUACCAGGAUCUACAGCAAACCGGAGGCUCUUCCCGACUGGAUCUUGCGAUGGAAUACGCCAUAAUGCAGGGCAUCCUCACUGCUCCUAAGGGCCGCAAGAACAAGAUGGUGUUGGCCAUCAUUGGAGAGGAGAUGGCAUCUCAGGACAGAGCGAAGCUGGACCUUAUCUCCAGGGUGGCAAAGUGUGAGGGUGUUGUUCUCUUCACCCUGACGGUGGGUGACCACAUCAGCACUGCUCAGGUGGAGGAGCUUGCCAGCUACCCCUUAGAACAGCACAUCAUUCACCUGGGACACUUGAAACAUGGAGAACCUGAGUAUGCGCAGCGCUUCAUGAGGACGUUCUUCCACAUUCUGAGCAAAAAUGUGAACUCCUACCCUCCUCCAUCACUCCAGCGUCAGUGUAGCAAUUUUCAACAACGUCCAGGUCAGCGUUUGGACUUCGAGGCUGCAGAGAGACCUGUAUAUAGUGUUCCUGUGCCAUCCACUGCAUACCCAGAUGUAGCGGUGGAAGAGGAAGUGGAGGAAGAAGACGCUGCAGUGGAGGAGACUGAGGACCAGCAGAACUCAGGAGUCAAGUCUCCUAUUGACCGCACUGACAAUCCGUGUCACCUGAACAGCGACCGUGGCACCAUCUGUGGUGAAUUUGUGCAGCGCUGGUACUAUAAUGAAGCAGUUGGUACAUGUUUACCCUUCUGGUACGGGGGUUGUGACGGUAACAGUAACCGGUUUAAUUCAGAAAAGGAAUGCCUUCAGAUCUGUGGCAAACAAAAUCCUGAAGUAAUCCUGCAGGCAAAAGAGGAAACGGCAUUAGUGGAUGAUGCGUGCUUCAUGAAACAGGAUGUGGGGCCCUGCAGUGACUAUGUUUUUAGCUGGCACUAUGACAUCCAGCAGAAUGAAUGCAUUCACUUCUGGUUUGGAGGAUGUGGAGGAAACAAAAACAGGUUUAACACGCAGGAGGAAUGUGAAGCUCUUUGUGUAAGAGACGUUUAACCAGGAUCACUUUCCGAAUGACACUUUUGAGCAAAGACUUUCUUCACUCUCAUAUUUAGCAAUCAUUCUCUCUGAGCUAGAAAAUUAUAUUUGUGCAGGUUAUACAACAAAAAACACAUAAUUAUUCACAGGCACCAGAACACAAUAGCAAAUAAGCAUAUUUUUUUAUGUUCGUGGUACUUUUAUGGUCAGCUAAGUAUGGAAGCUUUGCUGUUUCCGCCAAGGGAUAAAAAAAGGUAAUUGUGGCUUUUUAUCUCACAAUUCUUACUUUUUCUCUUGCACUUCUUCUUUCAGAGUUUUGAUAUAAAAUCGGUUUUUAAUCUCGCAAUUCAGACUUUUUUCUCAAAAUUAUGAGAAUAUUUUUUUAAGUCUGAUCUGUGAAAUAAAAAGUUGCAAUUACCGACAUAUAGCGUUGUUGCGUUAUGGGCAUCCCAAGUUCGAAUCCCGACUUGAGGACCUUUCCCGAUCCCGCCCCCAUCUCUCUCUCCCACUUUGCUUCCUGUCAGUUC